AUGGCAUCGUCAGUAGAAGAAUUAAAUUGGAAGUUGUCACUUCAGAAUGAAUUCAUAUGGGAAUGUCAAAGUAAUAUUGAUCUAUGGGAUGCAACGCAAACCCCCGCAUGGACACCUUAUUCUAAUGCUAUAUCAUCAGACAUUGAGGAAGCAUAUAAACGCGAUUUGAAAGAGAUAUUUAUUGACGAAAAUUAUCGUAUUGAUUUGAAACACUAUGUACAAGAGCAUAUCAACAAUCCACACCAACAACGACCCGUUCGACGACGACGAUGUCGUCUUCCUUCAACUAUUGUCAUUGAAGGAGAAACGGAAGAUGAAUCAUCACGUCGUGAACGAUUUUCAUCUCCUUUAGGAUUAGUGUUCAGCCGCAGUGCAACAGGAGAUACAACUUAUUAUGGUUCGCCAUUUAUUCAUGCUUGAAUAUUUCAUCGUGCAGUUGUGCUCAAAAUCAGCACCAUGAAUCAAGCGAAUCAAUUCUUGGGUAAUAAUGUGAUGAAUCCUCAACCACAACAACAAUGGAUGGCUAAACCUGCUGGUGAUCCAAGUGGAUUAGCCUAUUUAAAACCAUUAGAAUCUUUAUUCGUCAAUCAAGUUGUUGUGAUGAGUGAACUUGUCACUGGUAUUGCAGCUCAAGCCAAAUAUGGAGUAUUCAAUGAUCAACGCGAACAAAUUUAUUUUGCUUUUGAAGAAUCGGAUGUUUGUCAACGUAUGUGUUGUCCCAAAACACGUCGUUUCGAUCUUCAUAUUGUCGAUAGUGCUAAUCAAGAAAUUAUUCGUAUAAAACGAGAAUUCCGAUGUUGGGCUGGAUGUAAUUGGUUUGCAUGUUGUGAAGCAUGUAGUCAAGAAGUUGUGGUUGAAUCACCACCAGGAACUAUCAUUGGAUAUGUUUCACAAGAAUGUAGUUUUUUGCGUGCAACUUAUGUUCUAAAGAAUGAAAGUGGAAUACCCGUGUUAAAUAUUGUUGGUCCAGCUUGUAUUUGUGAUGGACCGUAUGCUUGCUGUUGUGAAAAUAAAUUCACGAUCUAUGGAACGGAUGGAUCGACAGAAAUUGGUGCUGUUCAUAAGAAAUAUCGAGGAUUUGUCGCUGAAUCUUUAACAUCAGCAGAUGCAUUUACUAUUCGAAUACAAUUGGAUCUUGAUGUGAGAAUGAAAGCUGUAGCAUUAGGUGCAUUGUUUUUAAUUGAUUUUGCACACUUCUCCUUACCACCAAAUCGUAACAAAAAUCGUCAGCGUCGCCGUCGUCGUCGUUGA